UCGUACUUUACUCUUGACUCAAGAUGACCAACGACGUAAAUUCUUGUUUCGCUCGGUUUAAAAAUGAAGUUAAGAGCGUUAAACUCUGGACUGAAGUAUUUGCAGAGUUUCUCAUCACAACUCUGUUUAUCUCAUUUGUGUGUGGAUGUUCGUUAGCAUGGAAUCCUCCCUCGUCUGUGAUGCACAUGGCUAUAAGUUCAGGUUUAGGAGUUGCUACGUUUGCCUUUACCAUGUGGGAUGUGUCAUCUGGUCUUUUUAAUCCUGCUCUUACCGUUGCUUUCUUUGUUGGUGGAAAGAAGACGCUUGCGCAAACGUUGUUUUACAUCAUAGCUCAAGUUAUUGGAGGUAUUUGCGGUGCUGCAGUGAUUUAUGGGAUAGCUCCAGAACAAGCCAUCGUUGAUUCAAAUCUCGCUGUCAAUCUUCGCAAUCCUGAUGUGUCUGUUGGCAAGGCGUUAGGAAUGGAAAUAUGGAUUACUUUUAUUCUUGUUCUAGUGGUGUUUGCGGCUGGUGACCCUGACAGACAUCUGUCAGGAUAUGGACCACCGCUGGCCAUUGGAUUUGUCGUAUUUGUCAAUCUGAACCUCUCGAUUAACUUAUCUGGAGGUGGAAUGAAUCCAACGCGAUCAUUUGGGCCAGCGGUUGUCAUGAAUUCUUGGGAAGACCACUGGAUCUACUGGGUUGGCCCGAUGAUAGGAGCUAUUGCGGCAGCGCCGAUCUACAACUACGUGUUUUCGCAAAGGGUAUACAACAGUCUGCUAUCUCAACCACAACAGUCUGAGAACUCAACCUCAAACCACGAUCUUGACAACGAAAAUAUACAAUUUCAACCAUGAAAGCGUUAAGAGAAUGGAAAUCGGAUAUGUGCAUUCUCCCAAAAAUAUAGAUGUGAAUAUACAACUCGCUGUGUCUAUUGAAACUUAUUAAUAGUGUUAUUCUCUUCAUCGGUUAAUUCUCUAUCAAAUACAGACAGUUGAACAAAUUCUGGCAGAUUACUUAAUAUCAAUUAUAAAUAUAUCAAUAUAUAGCAAUAAAGCAAUUGAAUCAUUGAA